AUGGCGUUAGAGUCGCUCGAGUUUUGUCGCCAUUUUCGCCACCAUUUGAGAGGCGUUUCAGAGAUAGAGAUGCCUUUCGAGCAGAGAGUGAUCGCUCCGAUAGGUGUCGGCCGAAGAUGCGUCCCAAUGGACUCCGCGGGCAAUCUGGCCAUCAAUAUCCCCAACGAGUUGGAGUGCGUGACGAACGGCACGCUCGCCAAUAUCAUCCGCCAGUUGUCGUCGUUGUCGCGCUUCGCCGAAGACCUCUUCGGCUCUAUUCUCAGCGAAGCGUCAGUUCUUAUGGUCCGCUCGACGGCUCUGCAGACGCGCAUCGACCGCCUCUCGCAUAAAGUCGUGUCUCUGGACUCGUCUGUGGAGGAAGUGUCGCUCCAAGACAUUCAUUUGCGGAAAGCCUUCAAAAGCGGCGCUCAAUUCGAUCAGCAGGUCGUGUCGCGCGACUCCAUUCCCGACGCCAUUCAGCGCGUGUACGCCAAGUGCGACCGCCCGCCGGCCCUCAACAAACUGAACCAAUACCGCGACGACGGCAAAGACGGCCUCAAGUUCUACACGGAUCCGAACUACUUCUUCGAGUUGUGGCGCCAGGAAAUGCUCGCCGACACCGAGAAGGCCCUCGCGGGCCGCAAAGUGCCCAAAGCCAAGCUCCAGGAGCACAAGAAGGCGCGCAAAGUGCGACAGCCAAUGAACACUCGCGAACGCUAUCGGCAAAUGAUGGCCAAUCAGGGAGAGUUCAUCAUCGACCAGAAGAAUGGACUCAAUCUCGUCUAUUUGGACACAAAUGGCCAACACUUCGACCCUCAAGACGUCAAUAGACCGCAGAGUCUCGAACUUCCCCACAAUUUCUACAUCGAGAACAACCACAUGAUUGACGGUCAGAGACACUUCCAGAACGCGCUUCCGGCGCAACAAAUGCAGGCGGCGCCGCCCCCGCCGCCCCUCAACCACAACCAGUACCACAAUCUCCAACAACAACAACAACAGUACGAACACGACGUCCAAGCGAUGAAUCAAUACAACGCUUCCGCGCAUCACAUCUACGGCGCCGGAACGCGUCGACAGGUGUCGUCGGCGUCGCGCCCCUCGCAACCGCCUCCCGCGCCGCCUUCAGGACCGCCGACUCCGCAGCACUCGGCGCCCGAAGCGACCACUCCUUCGCGAUCGCGCGCCAGAGAAACUCUUCCGCCGCCACCGCCGCCGCCGCAAGAGAUGAACGGACGCCAAGAGGUGGACGAGAGGGCGGAACCGCCGCCGCCUCCUCCGCCGCCGCCCACCGGCUAUACGGCCGUCGUCCCGGACGACACACAACAACAACAGAGACGACAACAGCCGACGGUUUCGGACCUGAAGUCCAUUCAACUGAAGAAGACGUCAGCGCACGCGCAACAGCCGCGACCGACGGACGCGCGCUCCGACCUGUUGGCCGCCAUUCGGGAGGGCAUAAAACUGAAGCGCGUGGAGGACUGCAAACAGCGCGAAGUGGAGAAGUCGACGCCUCUGCACGACGUGGCAUCCAUUUUGGCGCGAAGAGUGGCCAUAGAGUUGUCGGACUCGGAAGGAGGCGCCGAAGACGACGACGACAGCGACGCCUGGGACGACGAGAGCGAGUGUUAGAGUCAUGUGAUCGCAAAUAUAGUCUUUUGUUUAUUGUUUUGUAAAUAAACUCAAUUUCCGCCGUAAAAGA